GCUCAAGCACGACCCGUGGACCCACGUGCUUUUCCUUGUCCAAUGGGAGCCGGCUCCCAGGGGCGAAGGGGCGGGGAGGAAAGGAACGACUGCGUUACGUUGCGAGAAGGGGCGGGACCUGCAACGUCGGACAGAACGAGGGGACGUAACGGAGGCAGGUCGGAGCCGCUGCCGUCGCCAUGACCCGCGGUAACCAGCGUGAGCUCGCCCGCCAGAAGAAUAUGAAAAAGCAGAGCGACUCGGUUAAGGGAAAGCGCCGAGAUGACGGGCUUUCUGCUGCCGCCCGCAAGCAGAGGGACUCGGAGAUCAUGCAGCAGAAGCAGAAAAAGGCAAACGAGAAGAAGGAGGAACCCAAGUAGCUUUGUGGCUUCGUGUCCAACCCUCUUGCCCUUCGCCUGUGUGCCUGGAGCCAGUCCCACCACGCUCGCGUUUCCUCCUGUAGUGCUCACAGGUCCCAGCACCGAUGGCAUUCCCUUUGCCCUGAGUCUGCAGCGGGUCCCUUUUGUGCUUCCUUCCCCUCAGGUAGCCUCUCUCCCCCUGGGCCACUCCCGGGGGUGAGGGGGUUACCCCUUCCCAGUGUUUUUUAUUCCUGUGGGGCUCACCCCAAAGUAUUAAAAGUAGCUUUGUAAUUCCUUGA